AUGCCGCCAGCAGCAAGAGGAGGAAGAGGCGGAGGGCGUGGUGGUGCGCGCGGAGCCUUCAAUCCCGCACGAGGAACAGUUACCAUCGCAGGCACAGAGCUCAACUGGGAUCUGACUGGCCUCGACAUCCAAAAAGGCCCUGCUGAGCGUUUUCCCGAAGCACCUCCUCCCCAGGCGCCUCCACCGACAAACGAUGAGCUCGAUAUGGUCCGACACCACCUCGCGGUGCGCGACCGUAUCCACGAGGGCCCCUUCUAUACCAUCCUUAACGACGGCAUGAAGAACGGCCUCAAGAGGAAAGCCAACGAGCCCGCGCCCACCGAGGCUUCGCUUUUCGACCCUUUCACCGGCAAUCAGACGUACUCUGCCAAGUACCUAAAAGUGCGGAGAAGACUACCCAAGCUGGACGCCCGCCCAUACGUCGUCGACCUCUUCCCCGCCGAGCUCCGCCCAACCCUCGACGUAGACGGCACCCGCACCGACGGCACCGCCACCAAAAAGCGCCGCACCCUCGGCGUCACCAAAGUAAACGCCGAAUCCCAAAUCGAGCGCCUCAUCCGAUCCGAGCAGCUGCGCACCAACGAAGCCGAAGCCCGCGCCGAAGAAGAAGGCGACGAAGACGCCGAUGAGGACGAAGAGGAUGCAGACGAGGAUAAGCCGGAUGCCGUGGACGAAGAAGAUAACUGGUCUGCUGCUUCUACCGACUCGGAGGAGUCGGACGACGAUUACAAUGCUGAACAGUACUUUGAUAACGGCGAGGAUGACGAUAUCGAUGAUGCUGAUCCGUAUGAGAAUACGUAUGAGUAA